AUGCAAGAUAAAAUAAAAGAGAUGAUUUUAGUGGUUAGACCAACCCAAGGAAAUGGUCUCAUUCCACUUAAUGAAUUAGAAUCAAUUCUAGUCUAAAUUGGUUUCGAUUUCUUGACCAAUCAAUUAGAUGAAAUAAAUCAAGUUUUGGACUAAAGCGAUAGUGGCUUCUUCUACUAAGAUGAUUUGGUUGAGUAUUUGUAUAAUAAUCACACAUAAGAUUAUACAGAAGAAGCAAAGCUGAAGAAAGCCAUAUAGAUGUUUGACUAUGAAGGCAAGGGAAAGAUUAAAUAUGAGGAAUUUGAGUAUUUCAUGAUGAACUUUGGGGAAUCUGAAAAUCAUUAUAUGGAUGAAGCCAAGAUAUAGCUGUUGCUGGAGUGCUGUAAGCCAUUAGAUGCUAAUGGAAAUAUACUAAUACAAACUCUGGUGGAUAAUAUAAAUCUAUGUUGGAAAAGAUAUAAGAACCCCAAGAAAACUCUUAAAUGA